GUCCACACAAGUGAUGUCCAGGGGUUUAAUAAAUUCCUCUUGGCUUUAAAUCCAGCCCGGCCUGAGGGAGAUGUCUUCCUCCGAAACUGGUGGCAAAAGGCAUUUAACUGCUGGUUUCCAAUAGCAGGUCAAACGUCUAGAAAGAGAAGGUGUACAGGGAAGGAGAAACUAGAGGACCUGCCACCCUCUGUGUUUGAAACGGGAAUGACUGGCCACAGCUAUACCAUGUACAAUGCCAUCUACUCCGUGGCACACGCAUUACAUGCCAUGUACUCAUUGAGACCCACUCGUGCCAUGAUGAGGGAAGGCAAGAAACCUCUGGCUAUUCAGCCAUGGCAGGUAACACAUUUCUUUCAAUGUGUCUCUCUAUUUCCCAAAGUAAUGGACCCAUUCGUCCUCUAGUGGCUUAGGGCCCUCGUAUUUACGGGACCGCUUCUCCUGGUCUGCCCCACAGAGGACCUUAAGGUCCAUGAAUAACUAUAGUUUAGAGGUCCCGGGCCCUAAGGAAGUCAGACCAUCCUCCACCAGGCCCAGGGCCUUUUCAGUGAUGGCUCCGACCUGGUGGAAUGCUCUGUCCCAUGAGACUAGAGCCCUUCAGGAUUUAACCUCCUCGUCGGGCCUGUAAGGCAGAGCUAUUCCGCCUGGUCUUUAAUUUGAAUUCAGCCUGAUCUUUUAUUUCCCUUCUCUUUUUUUUUAUUAAUAAUAUUUAUUAAAGUUUCAAAGAAAAAGGUUACAAAAAUAAGAAGAAAAAAGAAAAGAGAAAAUACAAAAUACAAAAUACAGAAAGAUAAAAACAAUUAAAAACACAUCAGUCUUUCCAUGUCUUAUCUUUCAUUUGCUUGUUUCCCUGACCUCCUCACACCUCCCUUUUUUGUAUUCCAGUUCAAUUAAUUAAUUCAGCAAUUCCCUUCCCUCUUUAAUUUUAUCUUAAUCUUUUAUCUUAAUAUAUUAUAACUUUAAAUUAUCACUUGUUAACAAUCAAUUUUUACAUAUUCCUUUAUAACAUUACUGCUAAAAAACCCUUAACUUCAAUCCAACAUCAUUCUAACAUUCAUCUUUUAUUUCCCUUCUCUUCUCUUCCCUCCCCCUCCACUUUUAUGAAGAUUACCCGCUCUGAAACCCCACAGCUAAUUCUCCCCUGGCCUCUUCGCUGGCCCAAGUAGGACCAAUUCAGCCAGCUAGCCCUGGUGAUUAUCUAAUGCUUAUUUACCCUAAGUUGAUUUUUGAAUUUUAUUGUUAUUCAUGUUUUUAUACUGUAUUUUAUGCUGCUUUUACAAUUAAUAGUUUUAAAUUUGUUGUUAGCUGCCCUGAGCCCGGUUUUUGAACAGGGAAGGGUGGGGUAUAAAUAAAUUAUUAUUAUUAUUAUUAUUAGUGUUUUGUUAGGGGUCGCAAUAUGGAUGGAGACAGAUUGGUAUUUUAAAACCAUCCAAAGAUCUCAAUUCCUCCUGUUUGAUAGCUUCACACUCUUCCUUUCAAAAAUGUUGCAACCUUCUAUAGUUGUUUCCUGGGUGAGGAGAGAGGAGUGGAGGCUUAUGAUGAUAACACCUGUUAUCUUUUCCUUUUCCGGGCUACAAAUCUAACUGUAUUCUGCUCCCACCCAAGCAUGUGGGUUGUGUUAUAGCAAGUAGACACUAGCCAUGAAAAGCAACCAUUACUUGCACUUUCCAGCUAUUUGGGGCUGCUGAUGAAAAUUAAUUCUAUCCCAUGGUUUAUUAUCUCAAUGGAUGUAAUUCCAAAGUCUUUGGUCUGUGUUUAGUUCAAAUGUAAGAAGAGUCUGUUGGAUUGUGCCAACGGCCCAGUUUACACAACAUUAUCCUUCAAGUAGGGUCAGGUGGGAUAGAUUCAGGGGUCCUCAUCUCAGACAAAUGCAUAUGCAAGUUAAAAAAGACCCAACCCUCUAGAUAUGUAAAUUGUUUAUUCUGUUAUUGUGUGUGAGCAACCUUGCAUACCUCCAGUCAACAGAGGGCAGGGUUGAGACUAACACACCGUCAGGGAAAAUGCACUUCAUGGUCUCUUCCCCAUACUCCACCUCAGCAUAUAAGGCUCCAAGGAGGCCUCGGGACAUUGCUGCUGCCGCUCUGCUGUGAGUUUGUGGGGAGGGCUCUUCCCCCUGCAAGCCCACUCCACCAGGCCAGGGGGCGGGGCCCACACUCACCACCGCCACAACUUUAAGGACACUGGUGCUGCAGCAGCAAAUGUUUAAAAUGUUUUUAUAUAUUUUAAAGUGUUCUAAAAGUGUUUUUACUUUUUACUUUGUUGUACCACCAUAAACGGUGGUUUUUAUCCAUGUAUUUUUAUUUUGUUUUGUUUUAUUUUGGGUUGGGGUGGGAUGGUUGUUGAGUGGGGUGGGGAUUGGUUUUGUUUUGGUGUAAUUGUUUUUUGUUUGCUUGUUUGCUUUUAUAUUUUGUAAAUGGAGGCGAGUAUGAGGCUUGGGAUUCCUACUGUGGAGGGGCGAGGGAGGUAUGGCGGUGGGGGCAGAUGUCAUAGGCGAAGGGGAUCGAGAUACGGAUAUGCUCGUACCCCUUCCAAUCUGCGCCCCAUCCCAAGAGAUGAGGGUAGGGUGAGCAAGGAUUACUCACCUCCGUCACUGGUGCUGUGCAAUGCCAGGUCUAUAGGCAACAAAACCGCCACCCUGCGAGAUUUCUUCAUCUCGCAGGGGGUCGACCUGGCUUGUGUGACAGAGACCUGGGUGCGUGAAGGGGAUUCUGUUACCUUACAAGAGAUGGCGCCCCCGGGUUUCUCCGUCCUCCACCAGUCACGGACUGUGGGCCGGGGGGGAGGGGUGGCAUUAUUAAUCCGGGAAGAUUGUUCUUUCAGGGCUCUACCAUCGCCAUCGAUCCCCGGCAUUGAAUGUGUUGGCCUAGUGUGGGGCUCCGAGGAGAGCUUGGCUGUCUGGCUGGUGUACCGGCCACCUAGCGCACCAGCAGCCACCCUGUCAGGCCUGCUGGAGGCGGUGGCCGGCUGGGCCUUGGAGUUCCCUAACCUAUUGGUAUUGGGGGACUUCAACAUCCAUGCUGAUGCCACUCCCUCCUCACAGGCUCUGGACCUGGUGUCUUCCAUGGCGACACUAGGGCUCUCCCAGUUUGUUUCGGGCCCCACACACCAAGCAGGCCACAUGCUGGAUUUGAUCUUUGGCGUCGGUAUAGAUGUGAUCAUGUUUCCUUCGAUGAAGGUGCCAUGGUCUGAUCACUACGCUCUGAAAGCCAGGAUUGACGUUCCACCCCCACCCUGCUUAGGUGGCGAGCCGAUUUGGGCUCGCCCGCAGAGGCUGAUGGACCCUGAUAGAUUCUGUCAAGCCUUGCGGGACCUUUCUCCCCCUGGCGACUCAUUGACUGAGCUUGUUGAGGGCUGGAAUACCCAGCUCCUGGCAGCCAUCAAUGAGAUCGCACCUAAGCGCCCUCUGCGGCCCCGCAGAAACCGGGCUCCCUGGUUUACCGAGGAGCUCCGGAAAAUGAAGCGGGACCUCAGACGGCUAGAGCGAGUAUGGCGGGGUGCCCGUGACGGAGCCUCAAGAACAUCUUAUAGGGCUUUUAUGAAAAGCUACGAGAUGGCAGUGAAGGCCGUUAAGAGGUCCUACUUCUCGGCCUCCAUUGCAUCCGCUAGCUCUCGCCCGGCGCAAUUAUUUAGUAUAAUUCGGUCUUUAACGUCCCUCGAAGGACAGCCAAAUUUAAAUAACAAUUUGACACACAGCUGUGAGGCAUUUGUGAGCUUUUUUGCGGAGAAGGUCCUGUUGCUCCGCCAUGACCUCCCUGCCAAUUUGGAUACAAUAAAGAAACUGGAGGCCCCUCGACUGUCCUCGGGUCCAGUAUUGGACCACUUUGACCGGAUAUCCCCAGCCGAUGUGGACAGACUCCUCCGAUCUGGAAAGCCCACCACUUGUCCUCUAGACCCGUGCCCGUCCUGGCUGAUUAGAGCAUGUCCAGACGAGGUACAGGCCCCCCUGGGGGAUAUCAUCAAUUUGUCCCUUGGCACCGGUACAUUCCCAGGGGAACUGAAGGAGGCAGUGGUGCGCCCGCUUUUAAAGAAAACAUCAUUAGAUCCCUUAGAUCUAUCCAAUUACCGCCCGGUUUCAAAUCUUCCAUUCCUGGGUAAGGUGAUUGAGACAGCAGUUGCUGAACAGCUUGGUAGGUUUCUGGAUGAAACAUCGGCUCUGGAUCCAUUCCAGUCUGGCUUCCGCGCUGGUCAUGGGACCGAGACGGCUCUGGUCGCCCUAACAGAUGAUCUCCGCAGGCAGCUGGAUCGAAGCGGGUCGGGGCUGCUGAUUCUUCUAGACCUGUCAGCAGCCUUCGACAUGGUCGAUCACGAACUCCUGGACCACCGCCUUGCCGACGUGGGGAUCCAGGGCACAGUCCUUCAAUGGCUGCGCUCGUUUCUCUCUGGUCGGGGACAGAGGGUGGCGCUUGGGGGGGAAUUGUCAUCCCGCCACUCCUUGGUGUGUGGAGUGCCCCAGGGUGCGAUACUCUCCCCGAUGCUUUUUUAACAUCUUUAUGCGCCCCCUCACCCAGCUUGUCCGGAGUUUUGGGCUGGGCUGCCAUCAGUAUGCUGAUGACACCCAACUCUAUCUGUUGAUGGAUGGCCAUCCUGACUCGGCCCCAGACACACUGAUCAGAUGCUUGGAAGCUGUGGCUGGAUGGUUACGUGGGAGCCGGUUGAAGUUAAAUCCUUCGAAGACAGAGGUCCUCUGGCUGGGACGGGACGAUAUGGGAUUGAGGGGCAACUCCCAUCUCUUGCGGGGUGCAAUUAGUGCCAGCACCGUCCGUUAAGAGUUUGGGUGCAAUCUUCGAUACCUCCCUCUCCAUGGAGGCGCAGAUUGCAGCUAUAACAAAGGCGGCAUUUUUUCAUCUCCGCCAAGCUAAGCAGUUGGCUCCUUACCUCUCUCGCCCUGACCUAGCCACUGUGAUCCAUGAGACAGUCACCUCCAGACUGGAUUAUUGUAACUCGCUCUACGUGGGGCAGCCCUUGAGACUGACCCAGAAACUCCAGCGGGUGCAGAAUGUCACAGCGAGACUCCUUACGGGGUCUUCGCUGUGAGAUCACAUUCAUCCGGUGCUAUACCAGCUGCACUGGCUCCCGGUGGAGUACAGGAUCAGGUUUAAGGUGCUGGUUUUAACCUUCAAAGCCCUAUACGGCCUAGGACCCUCGUAACUACUGGACCGCCUCUCCUGGUAUGCCCCACAGAGGAACUUAUGGUCUUCAAAUAAGAACAUCUUGAAGGUCCCAGGCCACAGAGAGGUUAGGCUGGCCUCAACUAGAGCCAGGGCUUUUUCAGCUGCGGCUCCAACCUGGUGGAACGCUCUGUCACAAGAGACAAGGGCCCUGCAGGACUUGACAUCUUUCCGCAGGGCCUGCAAGACAGAGCUGUUCCACCAGGCCUUUGGUCAGGGCACAGCCUGACUCCCUCCUUUGGCAAUCUUUACAAAACUUUAGUUUAUGGUUGCCAUCAAUUUUGAUUUUAAUUAAUUUUUAUAAUGUUUUUAUAAUGUUGCACUAUUUUAGUGUUGUUAGCCGCCCUGAGCCCGGCUUCGGCUGGGGAGGGCGGGAUAUAAAUAAAAUUUAUUAUUAUUAUUAUUAUUAUUAUUAUUAUUAUUAUUCCCAAAGUCCCAGGCUCCACCCCUUCAUCUUCCUGCAAAAGGAACAGAGCCAGGAGGAGGGAGGUGAAAUCAGAGCCUCAAUGAAUAUCUGAACAGGAGGAAGGGACCAGUGAUCAGGAGAGUCAGGAGCUGGAUCCUGGGAAAGGUUCGAACAGGGGUGUCCCAACCACAUUUCUGCUUGGCAAAAAUAAUGAUCUUGCCGCUCCUUCCUCCGCACACUGUUUUGGGGGUUCUCGCAACCCUUUAGAACAGAUUCGGGGAGGGUGCAAUGGUGCAUGAGGAGGAGAGGGCAACUCCUGUGGUGCUAGUAGGAAUCUUUCCUGUGGCUUCUGCUAGAAUGACUUAGUUGAAUACGGAGGAUACACCUGUCUCAGACUACCUUCAUCAGGCAAAAUUGUGUCCCUCGAGGAAAUGGUCUUAAACUCAACAAAAUACUAGAAGAAAUAAUAGCCCCUCCCCUCCAAAUACCUUUCCAAUAGGUCAAGGCUCAGCAGAGUCACUAUGUUAUCUAAACCUCUCCCCUCCUUUGUUCUUCAGAUUCUCUCCUUUUUGAGGAACAUCCGAUUUAACAACAGUGCCGGAGAUGAAGUAUCUUUCAUGGACAACAGUGUGGUGGGAUCUUCUGGCUAUGAUCUUCUCAACUGGAUCUAUUUCCGAAACGAGUCAACAGCUUUAGUGAAAGUUGGGAGGAUGGAUCCAGGAGCCCCACGGGGCAAAGACUUCAUCAUUAACCCAGAUACAAUUGUGUGGUCUAGGAAGGUGGAGUGAAUGUCCCAGAGCUUGUGAAAGAAUUAGAGCAUGAUGGACCUGAAUGCCCGUCAGCUCCAACCCACAUGGCCAAUGGUUAGGGAUGAUGGGAGAUGUAAUCUGGGAAUAUUUUGGCGGGUGGGGGAAGGCACAGGUUCCCCAACCUUGCUCCAUGCAGUGGUUGAAAAUAGCUUUGACCCUCUUACCUACAUUUAUCACCAUUUCCAGCAUGCAAAGAGGGGGCCACCUUUGAAGACCUCCAAGUCCUGCUUAAAACAAUUCUAUCCAUGCAGAAAACCUUUCAUUAUAUUUGCCUUUCUUAGACCCCACCCUCUGCAAGCUGUGCAAAGAUCUGCUCUCCAGGGCAAAGGAGAAAAAUUCCAGAAGGGAAGCCGGUUUGCUGUAAUGUGUGCAUUCGCUGUCCAGAAGGGACUUUUUCUAACCAGACAGGUAGUUCCAACCUUCAACCUUAUUCUAUAGGGCAGAAGUUGCAUGUAUCCAGGGAGGGUUAAGGUAGGGUUACCAGAUGUCCCCGGUUCCCGGGGACCACCCCCGGAUUUGCAAAUCUGUCCCCGGACAAAUUCCAUCCCUGGAAAUGUCCCCAGAUUUGCAAAUCUGUCCUCGGGAAACAUGGCAGUGGCAGCCUCAGCAGCCCGGAGCCAGCCUGGUAGCGCAGUUGGCUCUGGCUGGCUUCAGGAGCUGCUCGCUGCCGUGGCGCCCACCACUUUUCCUCACCAGAAGUCCCCAUAUGAUGUGUCUUAUGCGCAACAUAUCAUAUGGGGACUUCUGGCGAGGAAAAAUGGUGGGCGCCACAGCACGAGCAGCUCCUGAAGCCAGCCAUAGCCAACUGCGCUACCAAGCUGGCUUCGGGCUGCUGACUGCCACUUCUGCCGCCACUGCCGAAGGGGAACCGGGGGCGUCCGGCAGUACAGAUCUCCUGCUCCCUUCCCCCUUUGUUUUGACUGAUUGGGGGAGGCUUGGGAGUUGUGGGCAGCCGGCCGUUGCCCAGUUUUUAAAAAGCUCUGCACAUUUAUGUUUCACAGGGUGUGAAAGAAGGGCUUUGCACCUUGCCUGGCAGAGAAACGGUGCACGUUGCGCCCCUCCUGGGCAACGGCCGCCCACCCAUGACUUCCAAGCCUCCCCCGGUCUGUCAAAACAAAGGGAGAAGGGGGCAUUUAUGUUUCACAGGGUGCGAAAGAAGGGCUUCGCACCUUUACACAAUAUGCAUGUGCGCUUGGGCCCAGGGUCUUUUGCCUCACCAUCCCCACUACUGACUCCCUGUUGCUAUUCAGCUUAAAAAUAAAAAUAAAAAAUGUCCCCGGAUUCAUUGGAAAAAAUCAGGUGACCAUAAUAGGCAAGUGCAGACUUCUUUCAUUAUGUCCUUUUACUGCUUAGCCCUGCUGGCCUCCACAUCCCCCUGAAUUUCACUGUAACUAGAAGAAUUUCCAAAACAUAUUCCAGAAUUGCAACGUGUAGGAUUUGCUAUAGUUCUAAGUAACUUUGCAGUUCUAAGUUUCUUUGCAGCUUGCUUCUCUGUCUCAAAAAAUGUGUUUUGUAACUUUUAAGAUUAUGAUCUUUUGCAAUAAAAGGUCAAAAUAGAGCAGAAUCUCAGAGAUUUUGAGCAAUAAGAAGGAGAAUAGGGCAGGCCAACACACAAGAAUAUUUAUAACUAGGUUCUACACCUCUGAUUUCUUCUCCUGCCAUCCCCACCUACCAUGUACACCAGCCUGGUGUGUGUGUGUGUGUGUGUGUGUGUGUGUGUGAAAAUAAAGCUAUAUUAGAGAUACUCAAAUAGUGCUUCCUAAUUCCAGAUGCUGCUAACUGUGCCCAGUGCCCAAAAGAUCAAUACCCAAGCAAGGACCAAGACCAGUGUAUUGCCAAGAAAAUCAACUUCCUUUCGUAUCAUGAGGCUUUGGGAUUUGUUUUAGCUUCUCUGGCUCUUUUCCUCUCUCUAAUCACCUCUCUAAUCCUGGUAACCUUCAUUAAAAACAAGGACACCCCAAUUGUCAGAGCCAAUAACCGCAACCUCACUUACAUCCUCCUUGUCUCCCUCCUGCUCUGCUUCCUCUGCUCCUUCCUCUUCAUCGGUCGACCCCAAAAAGUCACCUGUCUUCUCCGGCAAAUGGCUUUUGGAAUCACCUUCUCUGUUGCCAUUUCUUCCAUUUUGGCAAAAACCGUCACGGUAGUUCUGGCCUUCAUGGCCACCAAGCCAGGAAACGUGGCCAGAAAACUCUUGAAGACACAUUUAGCAAGCACCAUUGUCCUGGUCUGUUCCCUCAUUCAAGCAGUUAUCUGUGCCAUCUGGCUGGCAACCUCUCCCCCAUUCCCAAACCUGGAUUUCUACUCCAUGGCUGUGGGGGUUGUAGUGGAAUGCAACGAAGGCUCCGUCACCAUGUUUUACUCUGUCCUGAGUUACAUGGGUUUCCUGGCCCUCAUCAGUUUCACAGUAGCCUUCCUAGCUAGGAAGUUGCCUGACAGCUUUAACGAAGCCAAAUUUAUCACCUUCAGCAUGCUGGUCUUUUGCAGUGUUUGGGUGUCCUUUGUGCCCACCUACCUGAGCACCAAAGGGAAGUUCAUGGUGGCUGUGGAGAUCUUCUCCAUCUUGGCCUCUGGUGCUGGUCUCUUGGGUUGCAUCUUUCUCCCCAAAUGCUACAUUAUUCUCCUGAGACCCAACCUCAACAGCAGAGAGCAUCUAAUAAGAAAGAAAUAUCAAGGAGCUUAAGAAACUAAAUAACUCAUAACUUCCUAUACAAAGAAGCUGGUUGAAUUAUUCUUUAGCUAAUGUGAUCAGGUUUAACUACUAGACUUUUACAAGACAUCUGAAGG